UCGGGGGCCGCUUUUGUGCGCGGCGGGACCGUUCUGUUCCGCACCUCUCCGCGUCCCUCCGCGCCCGCCAUGGCCGCUCCCCGCCCGGCGCACGGCUGCGGCAGCGGCGCGCUGUUGGGCCGCUUCGGCGUCCUGCUGCAGGCGCUGCUGGCUCUCUGCGCCUUCAGCACCCUCAUGCUAAAACGAUUUAAGGAACCGAAGGAAGAGAGGCGUCCCUGGAGGAUAUGGUUUUAUGAUACCUCCAAGCAAGGAAUAGGUGCCCUCUUCAUCCACUUUGCCAAUGUUUUUCUGUCGGAUCUCACUGAAGAGGACCCUUGCUCUCUCUACCUUAUAAAUUUCAUCCUUGAUGCCACGCUGGGGAUGCUGCUGAUCUGGCUUGGUGUGAAAGUUGUCUCCUGGAUGGUGCAUCGUAAGAAGUACACGUACCUGGUCUUUGGAGAAUACGGUGACCCUCCACAAGCCGCUGCCUGGAUUGGCCAGUGUAUCCUCUACUUGCUGAUAAUGGCUUUUGAGAAGACUGUGAUUAGCCUUGUCUUGUUUAUCCCUGGUUGGACAAAGCUUCAGCAGAUCCUCCUGGGUUACAUCCCAAGCCCCCAGCUGGAGCUCGUCCUGGUCAUGUUUGUUGUGCCUUUUAUAGUCAAUGCCAUUAUGUUCUGGGUUGUGGAUAGCUUGAUCAUGAGGAAAUACAAGCAGAAGGACACCCUGGACAUCAAUGGAUCCAUGGAAACUCCUCAUGCUAGGCGGACUGAGGAAUCUCAGAUGAUGUUGCUGGAGGAUCUCCCACCCGUGGCUCUGUCUGCAUCAUGCAAACGCUCCAGGCCGGUGGCAGCCAGUAGCUCAAAACAGCCUGUUGGUAGCUUCAAGUCUGAAGUUAGCUAUGAGAGCGUAGGUGUUCCUGGAGGCAAUGGGCAGCCUUUUGAUCAUGCAGCAAAGCUGUGGGCUGUCUUACCUGGAGAGGUACCAGUGUUACUCUCUCCAGAAAUGGAUUUUGAUCAGUCUGAAAGCGACCAGGAUAUUUCAGGACUCCAGGGAAUGAACCAGAAGAUGAAGCAGCCCAGUUAUCAAGUGGUCAUCUGACAGCACUGAGACACGGGAGGUGGAGGAAGGGAAGCAGCGCUGUGAUCCUUGAGCUGGCCGAGGAAGGGCAGGGUGGGGAAUGCCAGUUGGUUCCUAUGGAUCUGCAGGGAUUCUUUUGCCUGCGUCAUCUCCUGCAGUUGGGAUGGUGUUUUGUGCAUCCUAUACAAGCUUGAGCAGUAUCUGCUUUAGCUGCCUGACCCUAACCUGUACACAUGCAGGCACGGUGCAGUUGGGGAUAUUAUGGGUAUGUUCUUCCCCUGGCUGGCCCCUGGGUGUAACUCUUUGUCAGGGCUAGAGACUGAAAUCAAAAGAUUGUCUGCCUUUUUUCUUUUUAUAGGGGGUGAAAGGAAAAAUAGAUCUAUCGUGUGCUACCUGAAAUGUGACACUUUUAUAUAUGCACAAUACUCAAAAGAAUUGAUUUGCAAUAUGUAUUUAAAUGUCUUGAAUUGGGAAAAUUGUCUUAGUGGAUCUGACGCUUUUUACUGUUUUAUAAGGAAUGCAAUAAAUAUUUGACCUAAAACGGCUUCAUAAUUGAAAUGCUUCCAUGUGCGUAAUAUUUUGCAAGACCCAAACGUUGUGAAGGGGAUCUGUUGAAAUCUUUCCUGGCCAGUUCCUCACAGGGCAGGUUGCUUUUCUGUAGCAGGGCUGUCCUGGUAAGCCCAGGGGAGAAGAGCUGAGCCACAGUGUUCGGUUUCUGGGGAUGGGUUGUAUGAGCCACUUCAGUGCAAAGACCUGAUGCUGCAGCAUCAGCCUGUGCCCACUCCAGGCUGGCACAGACUGGGAGAUCCAUCCCAGUAACCACCUUACAAGUGAGCGUUUACCAACUAGAAGCUGACUACUUUCCUUUUACCUAGUUUAAAACAAACAUAUAAAAUCUCUGCAGGACCUGGUUCAAAAACUAGAUCUGAACAGUCAGCUGGAGCCCCGUUAACCAGCCCUGAUGUUCUGGGCGUAAGGGAGCGGCCUCAGGUAGGACUGCUGUAGAAGACCCCUGGAUCCAGGCUCCAAGCACGAGAUGCUUUGCCCUUGCUCUCUUGUUAAUGUACUGUAUUCAUCUAUAAACACACAAAAAUGCAAAACACUUUACAUCUCUCCUGGGGAGAGAAAGAGAGAGCGCAGAGCAGCUGCGUAGUGCACUCCUAGACCGAGUGCAGACACACAGCUGGGAUGUCCAAAUGCUGCAUAGUCCUCAGGGCAGGUUCUGAUCCAGGAUCCACUGAACCAAUAGACCUGGUUGAGCUAUAGAUGGGCUCUGCUUGUUGCAAGAUGGUCCCCAGAACUGUUGGGCAGGAAUUAUCCUUUCUUUUUCCCUCCUUCCCUUGUAUUUUCCCAAGAAAACGCUCCUUGUUAGGGAGUAGAAAAUAAAGGAUUUGGAUUUUUGAAUGUGGACGGCUUUUGACUUUUAAAAGCUGAGCUGAGGAGCGUGUGAAAAUGUUUUGGGUUUUGUGGGGUUUUCUGGGUUUGUUGUUUUUCCUAACUUCAAAGUAGUUUGGAAGCAUUAGAUGCAACUCAGACUUGCAUGCCCCUUAGUGAACUGGAUGUGCCUGGCUAUGCUUGCAGCUGUGCAGCCUUGUACUGUAUUUCUGGAAAUUAAGUCCCUUUUUGUUUCCUCUUUACUUAAAUGAGGGGUGAAAAUCCUACUUGUGCUGGCCAUGUUAAAUGGCUUUUGGAACACAUGGCACACAGCCCUCUGAAUAGAUUGUUUAUAUUGCUUACUGAAAUCGGUUUCGCAGUGCAACUUUUGCUUGUCUGGCGGAGUUCUGCGCUGGUAAGGGCUGGAAUUAACUCCUGGGCCGUUAAGGUCUUGACUGAAAACAGAUUAAAACAGCUGUCUUAUUGGAAACUUGCUCCUUAUUUUGCGGUGUACUGGUAUUCGAGGUUUUGUUCUUGCUACAGGGCUGCGUAGCGCAAUGCUGCAGUAUGUGAAGAGUGCGAAUUCAGCCACAGCAGAGUCCUCGUCCUGAAGUGGAAGGUGGGUGACGUGGUCUUCCUCUUAGCCCUUAGUUGAGGCUGGCUGAGAAAUCUCAGAGUAGGCAAUAGCAGGGCAAGUACGAUGUGGGGGGAGGUUCCCCUCACGAGCAUUGUGUAGCCAGUGCGGUUUCAACAACCCUAAAUUCAGGAGUCCCGUUCCCUUGUCUGAAAUGGGGGUGUGCGAUUGUUCCCCUUGCGCUCCAAAGUGAUUGCUAAGCCCUCAUUUCUGAGCCAUCUGAGCAGCU